AUGAGUUCUCGCCAAAUGGAGCAUGCCAUUCUUAUAGAAGUUAUAGGAAAAAGCAUACCAGUUCUCGAAGAGUAUGAUAUUGUUCUUGAUAUCUGUAUUGAUGGUGACUUAAACAGCAACAAGGUACUGGGUGGACAGCAGAUAGUACAUCUAAUUGUUGCGGACUUAAACAUGAAACAAAAUUAUUUCGAACAAAGAUUGCAGCCUAUAAUGAGUUAUUAUAAUAAAUGUGUUUAUGCUGCAAUUUUAUAUAGCUCAAAAUACAAGACAAAAGUUCCAACAGAUGAUGAUUUGUUUCAUAUGCAGACACAAGUGGUGGUUUCACAUUUUUGUGGAAAUCAUGAAAAUUGCUGGCCUGAUUUUUGUUGGAAUGUAGACAAUUCUGAUUUAACAUUAAUAGAGCCAAAUUUAAUUAAUUAUAAUAGGAAGGAAUGUUCAGAAUUAGUUAAGUUCCUUGAACACAUAAUGAAACUACCAUCAAGACAAACUCUCAUUUCCAUUAUCAGAACCAGUCAAAAUAAAGCUGUUAAUCAUAUAAAAAUCAAUUAUACAGAUAAGAAAACAGAUUAUCCAAAAUCUUUUCCUGCUCAAGAUGCAUUAGCUAUAUUACAUAAUAAUCAUGGUGUAGAAUAUUUAUUGAAGGUUGCUUGUGAAGCAGGUGAGAUUUUCAGAACAGGACAUUAUCAAUAUUACACUUCUAUUCAACAACAAAGAAAUCGAAAAAGAAGCCAAAAUGUGGCUGUUAUUACUGAGCGAAAUGAAGCAUGUAUUAAAAAAGUUAUGGAUAAAAAAGAAAAUCUCAAGAGUUUUGAUUUUUCAAAGGAUUUGAUCCCUUAUGGACACAUAAUGCAGGAAAAAAUGAAAAAUACAAAAUUUAGACUAUCCUUUUCUUUCCUUAUUUAUAAUUUUGACUCAUUGGUGAAAUGUCAAGGAUGUCAUUCAUUUCCAAAAUGGUUCACUAAAAAUGGAUUUUGUGUUGUGUGUGAAUUUAAUUUCCAACAUGGCUAUUCUAAACUGAUUCCAAAUAAUCAAUUUCAUGAUAACACACCACAUACAAUGGAAAUUGAAGUCCUUGUUGAUGAUCUUUGUAGAGAGGUUUUUGGAUUUACAAAAUAUCGUGAAUUACAAAAGGAAAGUAUAAUAUCAUUUAUUACAGGACAUGAUAUACUUACUGUCAUCCUAACUGGAGGUGGAAAAACUCUUAUAUGUGCAGCUUCUGAAUUGCUUUUUAAAGGUUUAACAGUAGUGUUUACACCAUUAAAAUCUCUUAUGGAAGAUCAAUUAAUGGAAUUGGUAAAGAUGGGAAUUCCAUCUGCUACACCACUUGCAUCAUCAGAUCAGCCACCACAUGUCCAAGAAAAAAUUUUUAUGGAAAUAGCUUCAGAAUUUUACCAACAACACCAGAAUAAUUUAUUAAAAAUAUUGGAUUUCAAAAAAUGUUGGAAAGGUUAUCAAAAUCACAAGGAAUCCAAUUUGACUACAAAGGAUUUGAAUAGUUCUAAACUAGAAUAUCAAAAGAAAUUGGCAUGUGCAUGUGGACUAGCAAUUUAG